AUGUCACAGCUUUGGUUUCUCCAGUACGAUUAUGCAGAAGGUGAUAUUGUGUUUAGCGCAGACAAGAGUGUGAAAGGUGGAACUAUUCGCGCGCUUGUGGAACGUCUUACACUUCAUGAUGAAAUCGACAUGAGUUUUAUUGCCAAUUUCUUGCUGACAUAUAGAUCAUUUUGCACAACAGAAGAGUUUGUUGAGUUGUUACAGGAGCGAUACAACUUGGCUCCUCCUGAAGAACUGACGCCUGAUGAAUUAGAAAUCUGGACAGAUAAAAAACAGAAGCUAGUGCGACUUCGAGUGUUUAACGUCAUGAAAAACUGGCUAGAGAAUUAUUAUAACGAAGAGGAUGAAUUCAUUCUCAAUAAGCUGCACGUCUUUGCAAACACUGUCAUUUGUGAUUCAUCCUCAUUCUCUGCUGAACAAUUAAAUCGGUUGAUCCGCAAGAGAAGAGAACAAGAUGGCGUAUUAAAGAAGCUGAUACCCAAUAACACCAAUGGCCCUAUGCCCAUCGUGCCAAAAAAUUUGAACCAUAUUCGUUUAUUAGACACGGACCCACUGGAACUUGCCAGACAGCUGACCAUCAUGGACUUCAAGUUGUAUAGUUCUAUUCGACCUAUUGAGUGUCUAGGCAAGGCUUGGUCGAGAGACGAUGAUACUGCUGCUAAUGUAAAGCAGUCUAUUGAUUACUGUAACAAAUUGACUGCAUGGGUUACUGGAAGCAUUUUAAAUUACAAAGAAGCCAAAAAACGUGUUGUUGUUAUAAAAUACUGGGCACAGGUUGCUAACCGCUGCAUGGAACUGCAAAACUAUAAUACUUGUAUGGCUAUCCUUUCUGCAUUUGAUAAUAGCGCAAUUGGUCGCUUAAAAAAGACCUGGGAACAGGUCAGCAGUCGUACAACACAAUCCUUAAAUGCAAUUCGUAAGGUGAUGGGUUCCAAUCGUAACUUCCAAGAAUAUAGAGAAAUGAUACACUCAGUCAAUCCACCCUGCAUUCCAUUCUUGGGUAUCUACUUACAAGACUUGACCUUUAUUGAAGAUGGCAAUCCAGAUUAUCUAAAGAAGUCGAGCAAUCUUAUUAAUUUUGCUAAACAACAAAAAUCAGCAGAAGUCAUUCGUGAGAUUAAGCAAUUUCAAUCACCACCAUACAUCUUUCAAUAUGUACCCGAGAUUCAAGAUUUCAUUAAACAUCAUUUAGAUCAUAGUAAAGACGUUGACUUUUUAUAUGAACGCAGCUUAGAAUUGGAACCAAGAACUCAAUCAGUUGAAUAA